AUGUCGGUAGAGAGCAGUUUAUCAUUCUACGACUUUCCUCGGAAGAUCCACCUUCCGACGGUGGACACGUACAAACAGCUUCUGACGUAUGUGGUGAAGUCGACGCCGAAGAUCACGUCGAUCGGUGAGAAGUUGAAGAACUGGAAGAAGCAUGACCAACUUGCAAAGCGGAAAUUGUUAUUGAAAUUUGAUGAGUACCUUCGUGUGAUCACUGUUCUCCUGAAGAAGCCGAUCCGUCCCGAAUUUGGAGAACCACAAGUUGCAAUUGGCACUGGGUUAAUAAAAAUAUGGGACUCAUCUAUAGAAGUGAUUAAAGUGCUCUCGGCGAAUGAAAUCUCCGAAGCGAUGUAUCGAGUGAUAUUAGCUAUCAUGAAUCGCUCAGAAUUUCAGCCGCAUCACACCGUUGUUAUUGAUGGGACGGCAUCCUCCGAGAUCAAUUGUUUGUCCGAGAGUUAUAGGAAGAUGCUCUACACAACAUAUUUCCACAUCUCCGACGUCUACGAAAGUUUCGAAGACUUUUUGAUGGCGAGUUUUCGUGUUGAAAUGACGGACGACCCCAUGUUAUUGACAACGGAAUUACCAGAAGAAGAUAUGAUGGACUCUGCAUCAACGUAUAACACACAAGAUAAGCCCAAACCAUUUCCUUUUCAUGCACAAGAGAAUAUCUUGUCGGUUCCCAUCAUGACAAAGAUCCUCUUUGGGUUACAAGAUAAGAGAAAAGAAAUUAAAAAGCAGAUGAAAGACAAAGAGAAAGAAAAAGAGAAGAAAAAGCCGAAAAAGGAGAUGGAAAAAAAAGAAAAGUUACUUGCCAGCGAAAUCACAUCUCUUCCAGAAGACUCCUAUUUCAUUCAAAGUGGCCUCUCCGCUCAUUUCUUGAGAUUCGCCCCCACCGCUCUCUUUAUACUUUACUUCCAAAUGCCAAGCUUCCAAGAGUUGUUCCUCGAUCAUAUCAAGGAAUUCCCAGACGCUAAUAACGUGUUCUUGUGUGUCUCGGAAGACGAGAUGGACAUCGCGAAGAAGAGACUUCCAAGACUGUUUGCUUGGAAACAAUUUCACAGUUAUAUCAGAGAGCUUGGGAUCGACGAACAAGAAGAUUUAUUUGAUCAAUGCGGAGAUACUUGGUUGGAUUUGUACCACCCCGGGAAUGAUAUCUUCUUGUCGUUUUAUAGUCAGCUUGUCGACUUGAUUUACUUCUUGUUGUUGGAAAGUAAAACGUCGUGGGGGAUAGUCCCCGGCUUUGCAGAGUUGACCGACGUGUACCUCUCGGAAUUCUUCCCUCCGAAGAGAAGACACAACUUACGAGCACACAAACGGACGUUGAAGAAAUUAGCGGUGAUAUCGCCACACUACUUAAGUGCGUUGUCGGGACUGUUACUUAAAACAGUGAACAUCUUUGACUUCGGAGCGGUUGUUGAUGUCCUUAACACCGUCGCUAAACUCCAUAAACACUUUUCAGACCAUAACGAUGUGCCUUCAUCUGUUGCUUAUGCACUGCUCCACCCAAUAGACUCCGACGAUUCUUCAGACUCAAUUAUGAAAAAGGAUGAAAGAGUAUUUGAAAUCGACUCGGAACAUCCCGCAGAUUGUACAAUUAGCGCUGAGGAGUUGAUGGCGUUGUUGGAGGGUUUGGUGAAUUCGGACAAUUGCAUUGUGAUACUGUCCGUCCUCAAUGUCUUAUUCUACGUUUUGAACAUUUGCUGUAUGAGUGCUCGAACAAUCAUUCUAAGAUUGUUACUCUCAACGUGGUUCAAUAAACUCUUUUUGCAUUGGUCGUCGGAUGUGAGGAGAGGGUUUAUUCACUUAUUGUUGUAUAGAGGGACGGUGAAUAGAAGAUCUCACCUCAAUUGGGACAGAUUUUCUAAAGAUGAGAAGAAGGUGAAUGCUAAAGUACUUACAGACAUUAACAUGGACUUGAAAGAGUUCGAUAGAAACUUUGUAUUAAAUUUUGAGAGUAAAGUGAGUGAAAUGAAAGAAAUAUGUGAUGGAGAAAAAGAGGGAAGUAUUGGACCGAAACAGAAAAUCUAUUUGGACAUGGUAUUGAAGGAGUAUAACAUUCUGUUGAAACAGUACAUGGGAUGGGACAAAAAAGACCAAGCAGAAGUCCCACCAAUCAAAACAGAUGUUUAUUUGCUCGACGACUCAUAUUGA